AUGACAUGUACAAAACAAGAGCGACAACAAUUAAUCCGUUUGGAUCCACAACCCAAUCCAGAACCAUCGCAUCCUCCAAAACGACAACGUGGUGGAAAGUCCAAGAAUAUCACCCAUCGAAAGCAAAACUCUGAUGAAAAGUUCUCCAAGCAAACAACAAGAAAUGAACCUCAAGUCAACAUUGUCCUUAUCACUCGAAGUCUUAGAGUGUCAUCUCACGGCAGAUACUGGAUGGGAAUACUCGAACUCUUACUAUCAAGCAUGGCAUUGAAGGCAUCCUCAAGACUUUACGGAACGAUGAAAGAACGCAAUUCUUGUCUGGCCUGGUCAAAGGUGGUGGAUUUCAACCGACGUGUCAUGAUUUGUGGUCAUCUGUUUGUGAAUGGUGUGUAUCAACUCAUCGUAAGGCGCAAGUGGUCCAAUGAACGUCAUUUCGACGAAGAAACGCUACCCUCUACUGUUCAAGACAAAGCUACGAUUGGUUUCAACAAGAUCCUGACCGCUACGGCUCGUUUGUAUGCUUCAACCAUGAUCAACCAUAUUGUAGAAGGAUUCGAACAGAUUUUUAUCUCAUAUCUGCAAGCACGUUUGGCUCGCAUGGCACCAGCCUUGAAACGCUCCCAAAAGGCUUGGAAGUGUGGGGGGAUUCACUCUGGUUUUACCGAAAUAUUUGUGGCAUCAAACUCUUCUAAUCCUCGUGCAUAUAUAAGUGAUGAAGAUCCCGAUGAACCGAUCCUGUCUUCACCAGAAGAAAGUCUCCAUCAAUUAUCCCAAAACGAACGAGAAAAUCAAGCAGUGGAAACAAAUACAUAUGGUAUUGAUACGAUUGAAAGUGGUAUUGGAUCACCCAAGACAUCCUCGCGUGAAGAAAUUGUCAACUACAUGGUCAACAAACUCAAAAAUCUAGAUCAACCAUUGUCAUUUUAUGGUCAAGAUCUUCAGGAGAUCCGAUUUCUCAACUAUCAUGGUCGACAAAAGGCAACUCUAGAAAUGGUCAAGAUCUUUCCGGAUGGAGGUCGAAAGUAUGGUGAACACUCUGAUCAUGGCAACAGCUUUGGUGCACAACAGCGUCGAUUGAAGAUUGAUGGAUCAAUGAAGCAACAUCGGCGUAAGUUUGGACAAGUCUCAUCUAUUCCAGUACCAAGCAAUACAAACAAAUGGAAACGGCUACCAUAUUCAGGAUCUGACAAUAUUCCCUUGUUAUGCGUUGGUGAUGGCCAGUUUGAUCGAAGUACUUUCCGAAAUAAAUAUCAUGGACUCAUCAAAACAUUCCGAAAGUUUGUUCAAAAUGUGGAUCUCGUGAUUUACAAAACUUAUAUCUAUGUGAAUGCUUCUCGCAAUAUCCUGUCUUUGGCCAUUUUCCCUAUUUUUGGAUCUUCAGUUUUCACCAAUGAAUAUGAUAAUCAAGAAUAUCAAGAACUUUCCAAUGAUGGCCCUCAAAAUCAUCCUGACUAUGGACUCCUUUGUCUGAUUUUGAAUCGUUUUGACAAUGGUGACCGAAUUUGGCAAGACUGA